AUGCUGCCUCGAUGGAGCGAGACUGCGCUCCUCGUUUUGGGCCUCGUCAUGCAAGAAGUUACCGCGUCUCCCACCUUGGCCCAGGCUCCCUUCGGCGUGGCGGACAGUGACACAACAGACUUCGCGAAGGCUGGCCGCGGCUGGAUUGACCCCCGGCCAGGCGGUGGCCAAAUGCUUGACUUCACCACCAAGACGCGGGGCGAGCCACUCAACGUAAUCAUCUCCGGCGCCUCCGACCCAUUCGUGCUCACCGACGAGGGCUUCACACUCUACGCCAGCUCCAUCGGGUAUGCGCCGGAAUGCAUGGGCAUGCAUAUUGGGAAUCUCCAUCUUGCGAAUCUGGGCGACGGCAACGGGCGUAAAUCAGAGGAGCUCCUCUUCCGCCAACACUACCGGAUGCCGCGCUGGGGCACCUGCUGGGAGAGUCUUGCCGGUGGCCAGCACUUUCGCGCGUGGAAACAGAACGGGACUGAUGGAAAUACGGGCGCCUGGUUCAUCGGUGCCUCGAAGGAAGAGGAUUCCACCCGCCACCACACGAUUGUCGCGCGGGGCUAUGAUCUGGGCCGCGAUUGGCUCGUAGAACAGGCCCUCGCUGCUUCCGCUUCCGACGCAAGCUUUUGGGUUCCAUACGAGCAUCUUGGAGAACAAGCUCUCCGCGCUCUGCAUGGAAACCAGGUCGAGGAACGAGGGUGGCCCUGGCCAGGAACCGGGGGACAACGCCUGCAGUGGCGCGCGGAGGUGCAAUGGGAGUGGGGUCUGUUGGAGCCUGGAAGGAAAGGCGUUAACCACGGAAUCGCUAUCGAUGGGCGUGUCGCCGUCCUCACCAUCUACCGCGUCCAGAGCGACAUUCGACCCUCCUGA